AUCCAGUUUGCUGACCAAAAGCAGGAGUUCAACAAGCGCCCCACCAAGAUCGGCCGCCGCUCGCUGUCGCGCUCCAUCUCGCAGUCCUCGACAGACAGCUACAGCUCAGCUCAGGGGGAGAAGCCCCUGGCUGGGGCCAAGAUCGUGGGCUGCACUCACAUCACAGCACAGACAGCGGUGCUGAUGGAGACGCUGGGGGCGCUGGGCGCUCAGUGCCGCUGGGCCGCCUGCAACAUCUACUCCACCCUCAACGAGGUGGCGGCGGCGCUGGCCGAGAGCGGGUUCCCAGUGUUUGCCUGGAAGGGCGAAUCCGAGGACGAUUUCUGGUGGUGCAUCGACCGCUGCGUCAACGUCGAGGGCUGGCAGCCCAACAUGGCUGUACCAGCUCUCCAAGGCGGGGAAGCUCUGUGUGCCAGCCAUGAACGUCAACGACUCCGUCACCAAGCAGAAGUUUGACAACCUCUACUGCUGCAGGGAAUCCAUCCUGGAUGGCAUGGACGGGUUCCGGCUGGUGAAGCUCAAUGAGGUCAUCAGGCAGGUGGACAUCGUCAUCACCUGCACAGGGAACAAGAACGUGGUGACCAGGGAACAUCUGGACAGGAUGAAGAACAGCUGCAUUGUCUGCAACAUGGGACACUCCAACACCGAGAUCGACGUGGCCAGCCUGCGCACGCCCGAGCUCACCUGGGAGCGGGUGAGGUCCCAGGUGGAUCACGUCAUCUGGCCCGAUGGCAAGAGGAUCGUGCUGCUGGCAGAGUGCUGCUGCUGCUGCCGCGCCGGCGGCUCUGCCACACCACGCUGGGAGGAGCCAGGUCCCUCUCCAGCUGAAUUUCAGUCCCCAUUGGAAACCUUGGGAGUUUUAUUUUCUGGUCGUACUUGUAUGAAUCUGGAAUUCCCCUUUGGAAUGUAUGAGACGUCCUCCGGAGUGACCCCCGCGGGUUCUGUGCCAGGGGAGAGCUCAGCACCACUAAAACCCUGCGGUCACCUCGACGUGUCAGAGCUGAUGGAGAGUAAAUUUGCCAGAGUUCCCUGUUUUAUGUCCCAGCUGAGCGCAGGACAGCGUGACCCUUAGCAAGGUGACUUCCCAAGGGUCUGAGCAGAGUCACUUCUGUCCCUCACGUGGAGAACGUGAUCCUUCUGACAUGGAGCCUCUGUCCUCCCUGUUGGUGCCCGCCUCUCUCAUCAGCUGCAGAUCCGUGCUUUCUCCUCCUGGGCUUCUUUGCCAUCAUGGAGAACUUUUUUGUGGCAGCUCGUUCACGCACAAGGAAGGGAAAACGGAGGAAUUACGGCCUCAAUCCCUCCCACAGCUCUCAGGAGAUCUGGAGGCAGGUUGGCCACAAGUCGCUCAUCUCCAGAGCAAACGUUCCCAUGUGCCGGCUGAUUCCAAGUUUCUCUUUGAAAUCUCUCAGAAUCAGGAAGGAAAACCUUGAGAAGAGCUUGAGGAAACCUUGAGGAGACCUUGGGAAGGCGUCAGGGCUUUGUGAAGGCCUUGAGGAGACCUUCAGGCCUUGAGAAGCUUCCAGUAGACUGAUUGCUAAGCACAGACUCAGAAUGAUCUCUGCUCGUUCAUUUUACCCAGAUCCUGAGAUUUUUUGGGAAGAAUCCCCUGAGCAAUUUGAAACAUCCCACGCAGGUGUUUCUCCCCGGGCUGGAUCCUGGUCUGUGUCAGGCCCUGCUGUUCUCUGGGAGCGUGGGAGCUGCUCCUGGCCCAGGUGGGACGUGGCCGUGGGGUCCCUGGGGCAGAGCAGCUUUGGGAAGAACAGGAAUCCCUUCCCAACCCAGGCACAGCCACUUCCCCCUGGAAAAGCUCCUUUUGGAAAAGUCCCUUUUGGAAAAGCUCCUUUUGGAAAAGCUCCUUUUGGAAAAGCUCCUUUUGGAAAAGCCCCUUUCAUCCCAACCCCUCUGAUCCCCAGAGCCGCGUCCUGCCCGUGCCUGCUCUGCACAGCCCCAAUCCCUUCGUGCCCCCUUUAUCUUCCAGGUAGAUAGGAAGGGGAAAAAAAAA